UCUAGCGAAACAGCUGGUCUGCUUUGUGUUGACAAAAAUUGUUUUUUAUUGGCGUUUGUUUUUAAAAGCAAAAACAUGCUAACUUCCAUGGUUAAGGAGCACCACAAGGAGCAGGUGAAGCGGAAACAAGAGCAGGAGGUGCGACGCAAAGAGGCCAUAGAAGCCUCCAAUGAGCUAACCCAAUCCCUGGUGGACACCCUUAAUGUAGGCGUGGCGCAGGCCUACUUGAACCAAAAGCGUCUGGACGCGGAGGCCAAGCAACUGCACAUGGGUGCCACCAACUUCGCCAAACAGACGCACCAGUGGCUGCAGCUCAUCGACAACUUUAGCAGUGCCUUAAAGGAGCUGGGAGAUGUGGAGAACUGGGCACGCAGCAUUGAGGGGGACAUGCAUGUAAUAAAUCAGAGCCUGGAGCUGGCCUACAAAGCCUCGCGAGCGGCCCAGGCUACAGGUCCUCCUGUGGAGGCCUCGACUUCAGCCUCAGCAAAUGCCACAUGAGAAUUUAUAGGUUUCUUCUCAAAGCAUUUUGUCAGAUGAUUCAUAAUUGGAAUUAUUGUAUUCUACUCGUAUACAAACGAGCGCUUAAUCAGUUAGUCUACAAUUAAAUAAAAUGAAAAUUAAGAGUAGCCAGAAUUAUCUUAACUGAAA